CCCGCGGCGGCUGGCGGCGGCGAUGGCGGCGCGUGGUGCGCGCGGCGGCGGCGAUGGCGGCGGCGGCGGCGGCGGAGCGGCGGCUGCCCAGCCUCGACGAGUUCGCGGGACAGAGCUGGAGCGCCUGGGUGGAGCGGGCCGGGCCGCCGGCCGAGCCGGGAUCAGGGUCGGAGCUGGAGGAGAGCGGGAAGAGCAGCGGCAAGAAACUGGAUGCCAUGACCCUGAUUAAGGAAGACAUGAACAUCUUUGGCCACUGCCCGGCGCAUGACGAGUUUUACCUGGUGGUUUGCAACCACUGCAGCCAGGUGGUGAAGCCCCAGGCCUUCCAGAAGCACUGCGAACGCCGCCACGGCCCCCUCAGCAAGCUGUACGCCCGCGCCGCCGCCGCCAAGUGCCACGUCGCCGUCAACGGGCAGCCGGCAGCCGGCGGGACCCCCGGCGCGGCCAAGGUGCUGCGGGAGAAGCCCCCAGGUGCCCGUGGGCGAGUCCAGCCCCUGCCCGAGCGGCCGGACAAGGACAACAACCUCUGCUUGUUCGUGCCCGUGGUCAACCUGGAGAAGAUCCCCAGCAUCCCGAAACCGGAUGGGCACGGGAUCAAGGUGCCCCCCAAAGCCGUACCCACCAACUCCAAGGAACCCCUGGGGAAACCCGCCACCGCCGCGGUGCCGAAAGAGCCCCCGGUGUCGGCCGGGGUCGGGGGGGAUUCGGCGAUGCCCGCCGACGGCCCCGGGUGCAAACCGGAGAGCGCGCCCGCCCCGGGGGAGAAGGACGCGGGCGCCUCCAAGCCGCCCCCCAGGUCCCACAAGAAGCUGGCGCGCAAGGAGUGCGACCUGAACAGGCAGUGCGGCGUGCUCAACCCCGACACCAAGAAGAUCUGCACCCGCUUGCUGACCUGCAAGAUCCACUCGGUUCACCAACGCCGCGAGGUGCAGGGUCGGGCCAAGGACUUUGACGUGCUGGUGGCCGAGCUGAAGGCCAGCUCCCGCAAGGGCGAGUCCCCGAAGGAGAGGAGCCCCCCCGGGAAGGAACCGCUGCCCCCCUCCCAGCAGGACCCCUCCUCGCUGCCGCAGCCCCCCGCCGGCCCCCCCAGCACCUCUCCCUGCCGAGCCAAGCCACCCCACUCCCACUGCCCGCUCCCCAGGGCCCGGCUUUCCUCUGACAGCGACCCCGAGGACACGCCGGCUGCCUCCGGGGAAGGGGGCACGGGGGUGUUCCCUUUCCCCCUGCCCAAGGCGGGCAGCCGGGUGUCGAGCGAGGAGAGCGAGGAGGAGGGGGGCGAGGAGCCCCCCCGCCCCCCCACGCGCCCGCCACGGCCCCAGGCGUUCUGCACCUUUGGGAGCCGCCUGGUCAGCCCGGGCUGUUACGUCUUCAACCGGCGGCUCGACCGCUUCUGCUCGGCGCUGGGCUCCAUGCUGGAGCGGCACCUCAGCUCCCACAUGUGGAGGAAGAUCCCUCCGGCCGCCGAGCCACCUCUCCACACCCCCCCCGCCCCCCCCAGCCCUACCACCCCUCCCUGCGGCCCAGCCGCCUCGACCCCCUCACCCCCCACACGGACCUCAUCGUCAUCGGCGGCCCCCCCCCGGCACCCGGGAGGCCGGGUCCCCGCCAGCCUCAACUACACGGUGGGGUCCCCCCACGCAGCGGCCGCCUGCAGCCAGCCAGAGUGCGGGGGGGGCGGCAGCCAGUCCAUCACCUCCCCGCUGCCGGCCAACAUCCCCUCGCCCUCCUUCAGCAAGUUGCCUUCCACCAAGGCCAGCAAAUCUUCCCGAGCCCGGGAAGCGGUCGGCGGGACGGAUCCGGAUACCCGCAAACGGAAGCCCCCUCUGGCCGCUGGUGGCCCCCCCUAUAAACGGACCUGUUUGGGGGACGGGGUCAAAAGCAAAAACACCGGCUGCCAGGUUUCGGCCCCCCCCCGGCAAGACGAAACCCACCCCUCCGGGUUGCCCAGCUUCUUCCUCCACCGCCGUCCUCAACGGUGCAACGCGGGUGAAACGGCUCGCCCCCCCGGACUGCCGCGGCCCCCCCGGUGCCGCCGCCGUGGACCCCCGAAGCUCGCCGCUGCACGGACCGGGGGUGCCACCGCCACCGCCCCCCCCGUUGUAUCUCCGAGGACGAGGUCAAGAAGCGCAAGAACGCGGCCACGUACUGCCGGCCCGUCAAACCCAAGCCCGCGCCCCCCCUGCCCGGCCCACUGCCGCCCCCGGGCUCGGCCCCCCCCCGACUCGGGCGGCUCUGUCCGCAGGAAGAAGCCGGGGACCCCCCUGGGCUUCGAGGAGAAGCGGAGCGCCCUGAAGUCCAAAGCCCAUUAACGGAGGGGCCACCGGGGCCACCCCCCCACCGGGCACAGGUGUCCCCCCACGUCCCUCCACCAUGGGCGUGAGGAAGCCCCCACCGGAAAAUGCCGAAAAGCUGACGAAGGGGGGGGGGGGGGGGAAGCCCAGAACCCCGUAAAGGAAACAAAAAGAAGAAGGAAAAAACCAACCUCCAGAAAAAUACCUCAAGACUCUCAGUUCUGUUCUCUUGCUGCUAAACCAGCCCCCGGGAGAGGAGGCGGCCGCGGCCGGGGGAGUCCCGGCACAGGACUGGCCACCGGGCCACCACCGGGCCACCACGGCGGCCGCUGCCGGCCGCGGAUAUUUAUAAGAAUUACUAUUGCUGUU